CUAGCUAGCUAGCUAGUAAAUAUUAGCUUAUAGAGCAAAUCGCUUAAAAUGGGUUCUGAUGAGUCUCUGAAGCUUCCAUUCAUAGAUUUCUCAUCAGAGCUGAAACCAAGCACCCCCAGUUGGGAUUCCUUGAAACUCCAAGUUCGAGAAGCACUUGAAAACUAUGGCUGCUUCGAGGCAUCUUUUCCCAACGACAAGGUUCCUGGCGAGCUUCGACUUGAUGUUUUCAGUUCAUUGGAAGAGCUUUUCGAUCUGCCUUUGCACACCAAACAACAGAGUGGUGCUUCUCAGUCAUUUCAACACGGCUACGUUGCGACACCGAUUCCUUUCUUCCAGAGCUUUGGGAUGGACGAUCCCAAUUUGCUUGACGUGGUCGAAACCUUCACCGACAAAUUGUGGCCCCAUGGAGGAAACCCAAGUUUCAGCAACAACAUUCACACCAUGGUUGGGAUGGUCUCUGAAUUCAAUCGCUCCGUGAGGAGAAUGAUACUCGAGAGUUUUGGGCUUGAGAAAUAUGUCGACGAGCAUCUGGGCUUCACAAAGUACCACUUGAGGGUCAUGAAAUACGAAGCCGUCCAACCUCACGAUGAGACAGAACUCGGGCUGAGAGUUCACACGGAUAAGAGUUUCAUGACCAUACUAUGCCAAAAUGAGGUUGGGGGACUGGAACUUCAAACCAAGAAAGGCGAAUGGGUUAAGUUCAGACCGACAUCUCCUAGCUCAUUCGUCGUUCUGAUCGGCGAUGCUCUUCAUGUAUGGCUGAAUAGUAGAGUUCACUGUCCCAAGCACAAGGUUACGUUGUGUCAGUUACAUGAUAAGAUGAGAUACUCCUUUGGACUUUUCACAAUACCGAAGCCCGAGUACGUUAUAAAAGCUCCAGAAGAACUGAUCGACGAAAAACACCCCUUGAGGUUCAAGCCCUUUGCUUAUCAAGAGUAUUUUGCUUUGGCUUAUAGCAAGCCUGGGUCGAAAGACGGUUCUAUACUACAUGCACAUUAUGGGAUUUGAAACUUAAUCAAAAUUUGUGCUGAUUGAACUUCAACUCAGCAUGUCUGUCAGUCAACAUAUAUGUAAUAAUAUCGACGUGUGUUACCUUUACUUUACGUGAUGAUGUUUGUUGUCCAUCGCUUAGGUUCAGUGAAACAACAAUAAUACCGAUUAAUUGUACCCACCACAUUAUAAAAUUAGCUCGAGUCAGCAAGAACUUGGUCUUGAAAUGUCCCAUUUAGCCUAAUAACCAAGUCUCAUUUAGACCCAAAUCCCUAAAAAAUCCCUCAAGUCAAAAUUGAUGAUCCAAACGACCCCUUAAACUCGAUUGUGAAUUUUUCAUUUUGUUGACAUAAUAUGAUCCAACAAUAAUACGAAUUUCUUAUACAUAUGCUUAAUCAGCCAUGAUCUCAUUUGGGGUCCAUUGACAUACGGGGAUAGGACAAUUCAAAUAAAAAAUACUAAUAGCCAUGAAAUAAAGCAUUCAUCACACUCAUAUAUAUGACAUAAUGCUUAGCCAAAAUGGGAAGAGAUAGUGGCAACAUUCAUAGUGUUAAAAUAUUAAUCAUGUUUGAUCUUAUAUAUGCUGACCAGAGAUUCCCCUCCAAUUGAUUUGAUUGGAGACCGGCCGGAGAGGCCAUUGAUUUGAUGCUGUGCUGGUAGGCGGUAGCUGUAGAUGAGAGAAGGCUCUGGCUUCUUCUUUCGAGUCUUAGCUUUCACGGAUGUUGCAAUAGCUAAUUAAACGCCGCUAAAUUAGUUUAAUUAUCAUUCACUAGAUAAUUGGCCCGAGCGUUGCUUCGAGAUCUUGUACAAUUUUUUUUUUGAGAUUUUUUAUAUGUUGUGAUAUUUGGUUUUGUAAAUGAACCUUUUAUACUUAUGGUCUAAAUUAUUGAAGGACCAAAUCAUUUAUAAUAUAAUGAAUUAUGCAAUAAUUUGAUUGGAUGUAAUGCAUAAGUGAAAUGUAGGAAAAUGAACUUUGAAUUAUAGAAUGAAUAAACCUAAUUUUUUUUGUUCACUUCUCUCAUACAUUUCAAAUUUGAAUGCGUUGGAACGAAUAAAAUAUUAUCAAAUGCUUAGUUUAUAAAUAUGCUACGCAAAUGCUAAACUAUGAUAGUUUUUUUUUAAGACUCAAAUACAUAUCUACAUGAUAGUCAUGUGUUUUUUUUACUUUUCUAAUACAUUUCAAAUUCGAAUGCGUUGGAACGAAUAAAAUAUUAUCAAAUUCUAAUUUCAUAUAUAGUGAAAAGAAGCACGAAAACAAAAAGAAAAUAUCAUAAUUAAAUAGUGUUUGUACCACAUAGAAUUGUUAUUUACUCGUUCGUACAAUUUUAGCUGAGAAUGGUGCGUAUACAAUUUAAAUACUAUAAUUUUAAGCAUUAAUCCCAUCAAUUUAAACUGUGAUAUUUAUCAUCUGCUUUACUAAUCUCCACAAUUAGCCAUUAUAACCCAUACAAUUUUUGACUUGCGUGGCUCUUACUCAUAAUUAGCCAUUAUAUAAUCUCAUACCUGUGGAUAACAUGAAUAUAAGACAGUACCAUAUAUCAUUGGGUAGUCUGUACUCUGUACAUAUGGGGUUAUCAAUUAAUUGAAGCAAGAAGGUGAAUAAGGAGGCAACUAAAAUGAAGAAAGGUGAUAAAUGGGCAAGCAAAGUUGGGUUAUUUAGUUACACGUGUAACCUUCAUCUCAUGCAGCAAAUGAACAUCGUCCUCUUGAUUUCCCUUAUCCUUUUCCCUGUUACCCCAUUACUUUUUGUUGCUCGUCAUCCCAAAGAUUAGGGCUGGCUAUUUGGACCGGGACCGGAUGAAAAACCGGAAACCGGACCGUAUAACCCGGACCGAGACCGGACCGGGACCGGAUAGUAAACAAUCCAAUCCAAUCUUUGGGCUUAGAUUUGAGGUAAAAAACCGGAUAAAGACCGGAUAAGAGAGCUUAUCACCCAAAACUUAAGGGUAAUUUGCAUAAACGGUCACAAACCUU